CACCCUUGGGACGUGAGCAGGAGCGAUAUUAAUGUUAUCUUCAAAUUAAUCCCAUUGUAUGAAACAAUUUCCUUUCAGCUCAACUCUGAAUGAUUUCCCCCUCAGUUUCAGGUGCGUUGUGGGCAGAGAAAUAUGUGAGAGGAGUUGUGGGAAGAGCGAUCACAAUCGAUUGUCACUAUGCAGAUUGGUACCGCUCACACACAAAGUAUUGGUGCCGUGGGUGGGAUCGCCAGUGUUCAGUUAUCGUGGAAACUAACGGGCAACACGGACGGAGGGGAAGAGAGUCAAUCACAGAUAACCCGGCACGGGGAAUAUUUACUGUUACUGUGGAGGAUCUUCACUCUGGAGAUACAGGAUGGUACACCUGUGGGAUUACAACACCUGGCCUGGAUCCAAUGUUUCCCGUACAUCUAGUGGUAUCUGACGAAGCCGUGUCUGUUCCUGUGCUUGGAUUUCUGUCACCAGCAAAUGCCUCACGUCUCGGGGGCUCAGUGUCAGUGUCCUGUGAGUCUGUCCAAGGAUCCCUUCCUAUUCAGUACACCUGGUAUGAAAAGACCCCGCCUGUGGAUUCAAAGGUCUCGAACACCAGUGAACUGGAUCUACAUUGUCAAACCUUCAAACACCGACACCAUCAAUAUUACUGCACAGCCUCAAAUAAUCGUGGAGCAAAUUCCAGUGAAAUGGUCAACGUGACGGUCUUCAAGACAACAGCGAACUGCAGUUAUGGGAUAGAAAUCAAUGGCACCCUUUCAGGUGGAUUGUGGGCAGAGAAAUAUUUGAGAGGAGUUGUGGGAAGAGCGAUCACAAUCAAUUGUCACUAUGCAGCAACGUACCGCUCACACACAAAGUAUUGGUGCCGUGUGUGUGGUCAACUGUGUACAGAGUUAGCACAAACAGAGGGGCAAAAUGGUCAGUACAGAAGAAAGUCAAUCACUGAUAACCCGACACGAGGAAUAUUCACUGUUACAAUGGAGAAUAUUGUUUCUGAAGAUACAGGAUGGUACAGAUGUGGAAUUACAACACCCGACAAACACCCAAUGUUUGACAUACAUCUGCAGGUAUCUGACGAACCCGUGUCUGUUCCUGUGCUUGGAUUUCUGUCACCAGCAAAUGUCUCACAUUGUGAGGACUCAGUGACAGUGACUUGUGAGUCUGUCCAGGGAUCCCUUCCCAUUACCUAUGCAUGGUAUGAAAAGACUCCGUCAGUGGUUUCAAACAUCUCAAACACCAGUAUACUGGAUCUGCAUUGUCAAUCCUUGAAAGAUCAACAUUAUCAGUAUUAUUGCACAGCCUCAAACGUUAAUGGAACAAAAUCCAGUAAAAUGGUCAAUGUGUCCAUCUCCAAUAAUGUCAGUGACUGCAGAAAUGUGAUUGAAGUCAACAACGUGGGUUCGAAGUAUUUUUGUGAAACGUUUAUGACAGAAUCAACAACAACUGCACAAGGGAAACGACCCACUCCAUCUCCAAUAACCACUUACAAAAUUAUACCCAGUGUCAUUGGGGUGUUACUCAUCGUGCUUGUCAUUUGCCUAAUUUGGUACCAAAGGCAUAAAAACAGGGAAUCCAAGUCCAACACAUCUCACAGAGGAGACAAGAACAAAAGCCAGGAGGCACUGGAAGGGAGCGUCGUUUAUGCAGAUCUGCAGCGUCUUCGAAAAAAUGAGGCAGCUUCCCAGUUGGCUAACCAGGAUAAUGGUAUCAUGUAUGCAGCAGUGCAAUUUCAAAAGAAGUCGCGAGCAGGGCACCCCGUCACUGAUGAGGAUAAUGUCACCUACUCAGAAGUCAAAGUUCGAAGCAAACCUGACAGGGCCAAUCGGAAAGCUCCCUCUCCUGACACUCUGCAGGACUCUGCACAGGCCAUUUAUGCUAACAGUGCUUUUUAGAAAAGCUAUUUGCUUCAGCCUGUUUAUUGCUCCAUCCUUGCUUUACUGUCGUAUUAUGCCUUUUCUGAGCUGUUUUUUCCCAAUUCCACUCCCUUUCCAGUUCCCUUCCAUCAGCAAAUGUAAUCAAUUGCCAUUGAGUUUCUGUGUCUAGAUCAUCUCCGCAAAUGAUCAAAAUGAUUUUGCUUCUCAUUCUGAGUCUUGCAGUUGGCACAUUCACACUGCAUUCCCACCAGUGCCCCUGCCACAUCAUAAUUACUUUCAGGGGUCAGCCUAAGCAUACCAUAAGCUUUUGUCUCUGGGCUAUAACAUUGUGGAUUCAAGUUCCACCCCAGUACUUGAACAAAUAAUUUAGAAUAGACACUUCAUUGCAGACAGAGAGAGUGCAUCACUGUCAGAACUGCUGAUGUCUGGGUGAGACCCGAAGCCAAGAUUCCUCCUGUCAAAAAAGAUUCAAGCCGUUACCACAUGAAAGUGAAAAAUCAUUGAUAAUUUCUGUAACUGAAGAAUGCUCAGUAAGAAAUGCUGCUCAUGCCAACAUUGCCACAUUCUAUAAAUGAAUAAGAUGUUAAGGAAUGUCUGCAUAGUGUAUGUAGACAUGGGGAUGUAGGCAUGUUUGAGAACAUUCAGGUGUAAUAUAAUGUGGAAAACAAAAAGGUCAGCUUUUCUGGUAGAAAAAAUAGAAAGGCAGAGUAUCUUUAUAUUAGUGAGAGAUUGAAAUGUGUUGAUGUUCACAGGGACCUGAUUGAUUUUGUCCACAAGUCACUGGAAGUUUAUUAGACUUUAUGACCAUAGGACAUGGGAUCAGAAUUAGGCCAUUCAGCCCAUCAAGUCUGCUCUGCCAUUCUGCCAUGGCUGACGGUUUUUUCUCAACCCCAUUCUCCCACCUUCUCCCCGUGGCCUUUAAUCCCCUUACCAAUCAAGAACCUCUCAAUCUCUGCCUUAAAUACACCCAACGAUUUGUCCUCCACAGCCCUCUGUGGCAAUGAAUUUCACAGAUUCACCACCUUUUGGCUGAAGAAAUUCCUCCUCACCCCUGUUCUAAGGGGGCAUCCCUUUAUGCUGAGGCUGUGCCCUCAGAUGCUAGACUCUUUUACAACUGGAAGCAACAUCUGUACACCCACUCUAUUCAGACCUUUCAAUAUCUGGUAGGUUUCAAUGAGUUCUCCCCUCAUCCUUCUGAAUUCCAUGAGCCAUCUAGUGCUUCUCACACAUUAAGCUUUUCAUUCCUAGGAUCAUUCAUGUAAACCUCCUCUGGUCCCUCUACAGAGCCAGGAUAUCAUUCCUUAGAUACAGGUCCCAAAAUUGCUCACAAUAUUCCAAAUGCAGUCUGACCAACACCUCAGCAGCACAUCCUUGCUUUGAUAUUCUAGUCCUCUCAAAAUGAAUGUAAACAUUGCAUUUAACUUCCUGACUACUGACUCAACCUACAAGUUAACCUUAAGGGAAUCCUGAACUAGGACUCCCAAGUCUCUUUGCACCUCCGAUUUCUGAUUUCUUUCCCCAUUUAGAAAAUGGUCUACACUUUUAUUCUUCAUACCAAAGUGCAUAACCCCACAUUUCCCAACACUGUAUUCUAUCUGCCACUCCUUCGCCCAGUCUCCUAACCUGUCCAAGUCCUGGUGCAGACACCAUGCUCUGCAGCACUACCUAUUCCUCCACCUACCUUGGUAUCAUCUGCAAAUUUGGCCACAAUGCAAACAGUUCCUUCAUCCAGAUUAUUAAUAUAUAAAGUGAAAAGUUGUGGUCCCAACACUGACCCCUGUGGAACUCCACUAUUAACCAGCAGCCUUCCUGACAAUGACCCCUUUAUCGCCACUCUCUGCCUUCUGCCUGUCUGCCUUAUGCAGAGGUGUAAGAAGCAAUUAGGAAGCUAGUUUGUUGACCUUUAUAUCAAGAGGGUUAGAAUAAAAGAGUUAAGACAUCUUGCUCCAAUUACAUAGAGCUCGGGUGAGACUGCAUCUGGGCUAUUGUAUACACGUAUUGGUGUCCUGACCAAAGGAAGGACAUACCUGAAGCAGAGGGAUUGCAGCAAAAGUUCCCCAGAAUGAUUUGUGGGAUCAUGAUAUUGUUUGCAUGUUUAAUUUUCCCCACAUAAGGAAGGAUAGACUUGGAAAGGAUGGAGUACAAUGAAGAUUCCCCAGAAUGAUUUGUAGGAUUUCAAGUUUGUUGCAUUAGGGGAGAUUGCCACACGAAGCAGACUGGACCUCUGCUCUCCAGACUUUAGAGGUAAUCUCACUGAAACAUACAAAUUUCUUACAAAACAGUGUAGAUGCAGGGAGGAGGUUUUCCUUAGCUCAGAUCUACAGAGCUAAUGAGAAGAGAUGAGCCAUUCAGGAUGGAGAUAAGCAGAGAUCUCUUCACCUGAGGUGAGUGAAUCCUCAGAAUUCUUUCCCCAAGAAGGCUUGGUCACUGAUGACCAUUCACAGGAUCAGGUUUAAAAGGUCCAGCUCUAUUAGGGGGGAGAGAGCUUCUCAAAACAACAGAAUCACGAUGCUGUGCAUAAUAAGGAAUAUCACCACCAACCCCCCCCCCCAAGAUCCACCUCACUCAGGAGGACGUGGGUUCAAGUCUCACUCCAGGGUUUGCACAAUCAAAAGUACUGAUGCCCCCUGAGUGUAGUGUUCACUUACUGAAGAGAGGUUGUCGCUCCCUCAGACUGUUCAUGAGGCAGAAAAUAUACAGCAUUGGUCAAGGAAAAGCCACGUGUCCUCACUGGGCAUUUAGCUUCAUUGGAUCUUAACACGCAGUGGCAGCCUGCCACUGUUUACUGUGCAGAAAACAGAGCCUUCUCUUCUCUACUCAGCUCCUUAGUUAUUGUGUGAAGGAAAUAAUGCUCAGUCAGCUCAGUGGGUCAGCUUACCUGAAAAGGACAAAGUAUCUCCUAAUAUUUCUAACUCCAUAUUCUAUGAUGCCAUAAUGUGGUUUAUGUCUGCCAUUUGCAAACAACACCCCUCAUUUAGUAGCUCCAAGGGUCAUUGUACAUGCAUAGAUUUUGAUCACUCAUAAAUUCUGAGAAAAGUAACAGUUCCUGUUUACAGUUUCACACCCCAUUGACCAUUGCAAAGUGCUAUUCACUCAUUUUACUCAGUGCCCAACUUGUUUUUUUCCAUUGUUUGUUGGCCUUUGAUGUCUUGGUAAUAAAUUAUUAGUGGCUGACUCGUUAA